ACUUCAUACAAUUGGCUGAGCUUCCUUAGAUUUAUCACAAAAAUUUACUGCAUUAUUAUGUAGCUAGAGUACAAUUAAAAUUUAUUUAAAUUAGUUUGAACGUGCAACAUGAUCAGAUUGUAUUUGUUUAAUCUGAUUAUGUAUUUCUGAAUAUAAAUUGGACCAGUUUGUGUUGUAUAGAGCAUUUAUGUCAUUUUCUGUAAAUGUAUCACGUUGAGCUAAAUUUAAUAUCUUGAAUUUAAAGGUUGAAGGCGUUUUUAAAUCAUUUUAAAUGUAUCUUGAAUACACAUUUAAACGUGCGAACCGUUUCCUCCUCCUUUGCUUGAGGAAAGCUGCCAUUUUGACCUUCAAUACCAGCUCUGCCAUUAACCUCGCAGAAAUACAACUCCGUCUUUCAGUGAAGAGGAACCCGUGUUUUUGUUAAGUUUCCUGCAGGUUCCUUGACAUGGCAGAUCAGGAAUUAUUUAAAUUCAGUCCUAGAGGGGGCGCUGCAACUUUGAAAAACCUGAAACCUGUCGUUGAGCCAGAUUUGCCCCAUCAUCAUCCUGAAGUCCACCUAGAAGGGGAUGCAGCUGUUUAUGGCAGCAAGAUGGGGCAGAGAAACUAUGCACAUGCUGCUGGAGACUCUGACCACAAACGGGAAGCUUUACUUUGUGAAGGUGGUGACGGAUCAUGCAGGACGUCUUCCAUCCUUGUCAGAAAAGACCUGCUUGAUUCUGAUGACGUGCUUUUAGAAAACGAGGAGGAAGGCUUUAAGGAAGCAGCUGUUCUCUCUCUUCGUGGUAUGUCAACUACUAAGAAAAUUACCUCAGAUGAAGAGUUUCUAAUGGACCAGAUAAAGGACUUCAAAACUACAGAUGAAAGCACAAAGACUCAAGUUUGGCAAACUGAGUGGCACCAGAGUCACGUUGCGGCUUUAAGCAGCGAGAAAUUUGACGUCCUCCUGAGAAUGUGUCCAGAUUUGUAUGGCUGUAAAAGCCACAUGGCCGCAUUUGUCUUGAUAAGAGAGGUCUUGGAUACAGCAGGGCGUCAGUGUGAACAGUAUAAGGUUGUGGCGAUGGGAGCUGGCCGCUCAUGCUGCAGCAGUUGUCUUUGCUACAGUGGGAUGAUGGUCCACGACGGCCACGCCAUCAUCAUCGCCAGAAGGGCUCUCCUGAGGUUUCUGUACAAACAGCUUUUGCUGUUCUUUGAAGCUGAUCCAACGGCCAAGGAGAGUUGUAUAUUUGAGGGUAGUGCCGACAGUCACCAGCUGCAGCUCAAACCCAAAAUCAGCCUCCAUCUCUACACCAAUCAGUGCCCUGAGGGAGCUGCGAAGAACUUCUACUUCAAGAGCUCAGCUGACAACUGUUGGAGCAAUUUGAAGCUACAGUAUCACGCCAAGGGUCUGCUUGUACCUGUGGCUUACCUUGACCCAGGCUUGUGGGGCGCCAAAGUGUGCUGCAUGUCUGGCAGCGACAAGCUGUGUUGCUGGACCAUCACUGGAGUCCAGGGUGCAUUAUUGAGCCGCUUCAUUCAGCCGCUUUACAUCACCACCAUGGUGCUAGGAGGUCAGAAGAUCUUUAAUGAAGAAAUGUCUGACAUGACCAACAAGAGACUGGGUGAUGGAUGGGAAAGAGUUCUACCUCCAUCCUACAAGAAACAAGACAUCAUCUUUCUUUCUGCCGACUGCGUGGGCCCUGCCGAGACAUCCCGAAUGCAUGACCAUCUCAGCAUCAACUGGUGUUUUGGAGAUAAAGACAUAGAAGUUCUGGACAGCAGCAAAGGAAUCAUCGUUGAAGGCUCUCCUUCUGUGAGUGGGCCCAGCUUCUCCAGCAGACUUUGCAAGAGAGCCCUCUACAGUUAUUUCCAGCAGGUUGCACUGUUGGGUGGACACAGCUACCUAGUGGAGCUUCCCACCUACCACAGUGUCAAGGUGGAAGCUAGCAUGUACCAGACAGUCAAAGAUCUGGUCAAACAGCACUUCCUGGUCCACCAAGCAGGGCCCUGGAAUUCAAAAAAGCUUGUGGAUUGCUUCAGUGCUUAACAGCUUUUCCACAAAAGUGGUUAUGUAAAAGUUUAAGCUCCUCCUGAGAUUUAAGUUACUGUUUUUUUGGGUUUUUUUGUGCUUUUACUCGCAUGUUAAUUUGAAAAGUAAUUCCGUUUUGUUUAUGGCACCGGAGCUUUCAGUUUGUGUAGGUGUUCGAGGAAAAUAAACAAGAACCGACUGUUGCAGAAAAAA